AUGAUUUGUAUUUUUGGUGAUUCUGCGUAUGAUUACACAAAAUUUUUAGCCCUAGAUUUGCGGAAUUUUGUCACCGUAGAAAAAAUCGUUAUGGGAGAUAGUUUAACCGGGGAUGCAGAGUUCAUUAACAUUUCGAAAGCAUUUUAUUCAUACAUUAAAACUUUAAAAAAUGAUGGUGGUGCAUAUACACGUAGGAAAUAUAUCAAGGAUUGUGCUGUAGAAAAAAACAAGGAAGAUGGUGAUUUGGAAUAUCUUGAAAAGAGACGCAUGUUGCUUAGAAGGAUAAAAGAAGAGAAACCUAUGAGAUCCUUUUCAUUAAAGCUGCAUAAUAAAGAUGUUUUUGAUGUAGCAAUGAAAAAUUUAAAAUUGAUGUCAAUAAAUCAAUUUUCUUAUGAUCAUCCUUUAAUGUCCUUGAACAUUGACUUUACAGACUUGAGAUGGAUAAAAAGUUCGAAAAUUCAAGAAAUGAACAAUUUUUCAAAUACUAUGAUACGUUGGGGAAUCAACGAAAUAAAGAAUAUUGGCUUCGAACACUAUAAUGAAGGCACAUUUGAACAUGAAGUUGAAAGUGAAGGGUCAAAAGAAAGAAUUAUAAAUACAACAAUUAGAGCAAUUGGUCGAAAACCUGACUUUCGAGUUCUCUUCUUCCAUAACAAUAAUCCAUAUGAGGUAGCAUUCUGUGAGAUAAGUGGUCCCCCUUCAGUAACUGAUGGUGAUAAAUUUCAAAGUGAUAAAAAUAAGCUGUGUCGACUUGCUGCUGACUCCAAGGCAAGGAUUCUCAGCAAAAUCCAAGAUAUUAGCAGCUUUUACUUUGAAAAUAAUUUAGAGGAUUUAUUAAGUUGGCCAAUUUAUCUUCUACAAUACUAUG